UGUGCCGAGCCCUCGGUACAAUGUAUUAAGUGCUUUGCAGGCCAAAUCGUAGACGUACGGCCAGUUGGAAUGAAAGAUUCGUCACGUUCGGAUGUGUUUAUCGUUGUCCACGUGUCGAACACCACUCUAAAGUCUGAAUGACGACCGAUGGCGAAUCAGUUGUAACGACACUUUCGUCGGCGGAAGUAAAAAUUCCAGUAAGGUGUAACAACCAAUUGGUGGCUGUUGGAAGAACUGGAAGGACCGUGGAAUUUAUUCGAUAAUAUUGUUCUGAGUUUGUUACAGAAACAUAAUUCGCUUUAGUGAUUGUGUUACGGUGCUGCUUGGUGGUAAGAAGUUUCCAUUUGGAUGAUUGAAUCUGUUCGUUGCUUUUAGUAUAAAAGUGCUCUGUUAAAAAAAAAAACCAUUAACAAUACCAAUGUCCGGAAUGACAAUAGUGUGUGACAAUGAAAUGAAAAUAGUGUAAUACACACGUACACAAAACAUGAUUUAGAAACAGACGGACUUUCGGUGAAAAGAUACUAACUUCCGCUGUAACACAUAUGAAGUGUAAAGGGGUCUGAACUGGGAGCAAACGUGCAAUUAUGUUCUGUGUUGGUACAUUCUCUCCGUCUGAUCAACAGCCAGCAAAACAUAUUAUGUUGAGUCAAUCGUGACCCACCCUUUACGAACAGUUGACUGGAUAUACUGCUAUACUUCACAAUCUUUAAAAAAGGUUAGAUAACAAAUUAACACCACAAAAAUAUCGUCGAUAAGACACGGAAGGAAGAAUAAAAACCAGAACACGAUUCAACGAUAAUCAUGUCAGAUACAGAGGAAGAUUCUACCUGUUCGGAUAGCUGGCCCAUCACGGAGGACUGGUUGAUGGAAGUUCUUAAGAAACAUCAUGAGGUGCGUUCCGGCAUAAAAAUUACCGACUUUAAAGUGAAACAGGGCUGUCAGGAUGGAGUGAAUAAUCUAAGCGAUAUUCUAUCCGUAUCCGUGGUGUAUGAAUUUGAAAGAGAUGUCGGUGAUGGAGUUGAACAAUCCUUGGAUAUAGUCGUAAAAUUGCUUCCGCAGGAUCCAUUCAGCCGUUACUUUGUAACAGAGGCUCAGUUUGACCUUAGGGAAAUCAAGUUUUAUACAAGUAUCCUUCCAGAUCUAAUGGCAUUUCAAGAGCAGUACAUCCCGAAAGAGCUCGGCAACAUGGUGAUAUCAGUGCCAACCUGUUUCUAUACGCAAUAUGCACCCAUCGGAAACAAUACUACCACGUCUCUUAGCAGUCCCGAUUCAACAGAGAGCAUACUAGUGCUCGAGGACAUGCGAUCUCUUGGUUACAAAGGGGCUAACUUUACAACGGGACUUUCCCUCGGCCAAACUGAAGCGGCCAUUCGCGCCAUCGUAACAGUACACGCCCUGUCCCUGGGACUUAAGAUAAAAAAGAAAGUUGAUCUUAACGAAAAGUAUCCGUUUCUUUUCCAAACGACACGAGCAACCGAGAGCUAUCAACAGUUAGUGGAACAAGGAAUGCCUCAACUAACGAAAUUCCUUGAACAGAAACCUGGGUUUGAAAAUGAACUAAAAGCGCUCAGCAAGAUUCGUCCGAAAACGAAGCUGCUUAUAGAAACAUUGCUCCAACCUAUCGAACCCAUGGGGCUGAUCACACACACGGAUUUCUGGUGCAAUAAUUUGUUGUUCCGCAGCGAACCGGACGAUGAGCGCACCGACAGUUGCACCAUACUUGACUGGCAAAUGGUAACGUACAGCCGUCCAACGAAUGAUCUUGCCUUGUUGCUGAUAUCGUCCAUUCCGUCCAACACGCGACGCCAGCACACGUCCCGACUGCUUGACCUCUACUAUGGGGCUCUCAAAUCCUACUGCCUUAAGAUGGACGUUGAUAUUGAGGCGGAUCUCGGAUACAGUCGUAACAAAAUGGAAUGCGAGUAUCGGCAGUCGCUAUUGCUUGCGUUACUAUUAUGCAUCGGUUCGGUAGAUAUCGCUAUUGGUAAUCCGACUGCGGAGCAGCGGCUUCUAGAUGUUUUGCGGGACUUUUACGAGGAAGGUAUCCUGAGUCUCGAGGGAUAUGUUUAAAACAGAACUUCCCGUUACAUGUUUUUCCAAACAUUCAAAGAAAGUUUACGAACAAAACAUAAGCGUUCAUGUUCUACCAAAUCGCACACACAACCAUCUUGAAAAGACAGACACGUUGCUACACACUAAUUCAGAGGUCACGAUGUCAGCCGCUUGAAGAAUGAAAUAUUAAUUCUAGAAAUUUCGUUGCAAAACUUUUACUACCGAACUUUUCAUUUGAAAAUUAUUGCCUCUACAGCCUGUCUCUAUAAUUUUAAUUAAGCUUCUGCGUUACAUGACAGAAAAAACCAAACAAAUCGGAAACAGAACUUGCAAAUGCACACAAGCGUACAGCUAUUUCAAUUUUACUGCAGGGUUGGUGGAUUGGUAUGCUUAAGCGCAUAUUCAAGACACCGGAAAAUGCUUUUAAUAAAGAACAUCCGAUAAGGCAAUUCAAAUGUUUAAAUAAAGUGUUAAUUACAAAACCAUCAUACUGAA